ACUGCUAGGCGAGCUGUGUUGCUGUAAGGUGGCCAGGCAGCCUCACUGUUUUUCCUGAGCAGUGGUGAUUGCCCGCGCGCAGGAUCCCGGAAGCGGGUGUCCUUGUAGGGGACUUAGUGGCGGGUCUGAGUCGGUCCUAGCUCCUGUCGCGCUCCAUGGCCCCCAUGGGCAUCGACCUGUCUCCACCUAUGUGGCUAUGUUCUCCUGCUGGGACUCGGGGUGCUCUACCACCUCUACUUGGAUUCAUUGGCCGGCAGCUUCAGCCUCUAAGGUCUGGGCGGCAAGCGGACAGGCGGACUGGGGUGGAGUUGGCAGCCGACUGGGGCACGGUGGACCUGCGCGGGAUGCUGGCGGUGGCUGUGCUGGCAGCCGAACCUGGUCUCGAUGAGUGCUUCCUGUCAUCAAUUCCUCCCUGCUCCCUGAAUCCGGACAAGCUCCAGAUGUCUGUCAUGGUGCAGCCUGUAAACCAUCAUAGAGUUCCAACAGCUGCCUCGUCCUUCUAUGCAUCUUAAAAGAUCCACGCGGAGUCUUCUCCUGGGCCUGACGAACAUGAAGACAGGAAAUGUGAAGGGUGAUCGUGUGCUCUACAGUGCUGUGUUCUGGACUGGGGUCUGGGGCUCCUGGAUAUUUCAUGUGUGUUUAUGAGAAGGAAGUUGAUCCAUGGAGGGCUCAGAAGUACACGGCUUGGGACAGAGCAUCAUAAGGAAACUUUGUGGGAAAGUGGGAGUGUUUCAUAUGUGUGUCAUAACAUGAUUGUGCCAGUUACAUGUUUGUUCAGAUUUAAUAAUUGUACACUUAAUAUUUGUGCAUUCUGCAUUUGGCAAAGUUUUGUUAGUAUAAAAAUAAAGGCUACAAAGAACACUUUUUAUUA